AAUCAGAAGAUCGACACGUAAUUAAAAUCAAAGUCAACUAUAUUCACGAAACUCUUUUAAACCAAGUAUGUAUUAAAAUUUUUUCCAUGCCUACACUAGCAUGAUAUUUAUCAGACGCAAGAAAAUCGAGAUUUUGCUUUGCACAAAGAUAGAUAGGUCAAUGAUGUGCCGUAUCGUGUUUGCGUCUCGGAAGAAAGAACAGGAACAUCUACGAAAGAAGGUGAAAUGGACUAACGUGGAAGGAAAGAAAAGAGAACUUGACGAUAGCUGGCGCGAUGAUACGAUCUCUCAUCAGCAAUAUGAAGCUAACAAAGCUCGACUGUACUUUUGCUUCCUUUAUUUGAGACAAAAGCACGUUUGCCACGGGAAUUCGACAGCGAUUCCGAUUAAAAAAUUACGUUCGACUGGCAACGCCGAUAAAUAUUUUAUCCCGGAUUAAAUGGAAAAUCAUGUUGGCCGGUGCCCAUUGUGCAAUCUACGAUCCUUGUUCACUUUCGCGUUGUCGUCACCGUGCUCGUCGUCGUCGGCGUCGUCGUCGUUGUCGUCGUCAUGAUUCCUGGUGUAGAAAUCUCUCUUUGCCCGUUUCCUCUUUGUCCUCGAUCGACGAUUCCCGAGGUCCUUUAAUAACGACCAUCGGUGAUUUAUCGACAACGCCACGAAGAGUGGUCCGCCGCAGCACCAGAUUCCCAGAUAGAUGGACACGGUUGGGAACAGGUAUAAGUACAUCGACCUCCGAUCGAUUUUAUCCCGUGCCUACGGCUUUUCCUCCAUGGCCGCCUUCCGCUUAACAUUUUCAUUUCAUUUCGGUGAUUCGAUUAACUCAUUUGCAUCACAGGUAAAAAUUAAAGAUGCAUCCUUAUGUAUCACUGUGAAAUUUAUUGAUCUGAUUUAAUCUGAUA